AAAACCAAAGUGUUUGUAUUCGAAGGUAAUACUAAAGGAAUAGUUGAAACCGCAGAGGAAAGAAUGAAAAAAGUAUUUGGUGUUCCACACAAAAAAGGUGAAAUUCCCAAAACAACCUCAAGAUUUCAGUCCUCAUCAGAUAUUUCAUUGAAUAUUGCUGGUGUGAUUGUUCCAUCAAAACCAAUAGAGCCAGAUAAUUGUUGUAUGAGUGGUUGUGUUAAUUGUGUGUGGGAAUUAUUCAACGACGACUUGAAGAAUUGGAAAAGAAAGAGAGAAAAGGCUGCUAUUGCAUUAAAGAAGAAAGGUGGAAUUUGGCCUAUCAAUUUUGAUCCCCCAAUCCAUUUGUUAAACACUGAAAAUAUUCCUAAGGAAUUGAGAGGUUCUACAGCCCAAACUCCUGCACAAAAACUCGUUCAAAGGGAACAAGACGAAAUUGACAAUGAUGCAUAUAGCCUGAUGCCUGUUAGUCUAAGAGUUUUUGCUGACUUACAGAGAAAACUAAAAUCAAAAUCAGCA